GUGCGUUAUCUCUUGGAAUGGGGAGAUGAUGACCUGGAAGAUCCCAAGGAGGCCAGCAAUAUGGGGACCCCGGAAUUAUGCCAUCCUUUGUGUCAGUGUUCUAGAUGCAGCCCUGUGCAGAAGAAGUUCUUCAGGCUGCCUUCGAAUGGGCUUGGAGUGAACGUUACCAACCAAACUGGUCUGACGCCACUGCAUGUUGCCGCUCUACAUGGGCAUGUGGACUUGGUGGCCCUCUUACUGAAACAUGGAGCAAACAUUGAAGCCAAAGAUGUGAACCAAGCAGGACCACUCCACUUUGCCUGCCAGAAUGGCCAUUUUCAGGUGAGACGGACAGCUAGGAAGCUCAUGAAUGAAUACAUUGGCCUUUGGAUCAUGACUAGGCAACCUGCGGUAUCACCUGUGCUCAUGGUGUUAAUAAGUUAAGCUCAUUCCAUAGGUGUCACUUGAAGCACAAAUUGAUCAUGUUCAGAGUAACCUACUUUGGACGUAUUAUGUAAAGAUCUAACUCUCUGGA